CGACGACAACAGUACGAUGAAUUGAAUUGACAUGAUUGGUGGCGCUGCAUAUAAAAAUGAAGAUUUCGGUGGGAAUAAUAUUACUUUCGAGCAUUGUAAAUACCGUGUCUGGCAUCGAAUGCUUCCAGUGCAACUCGACUUACACGCUGGAUUGUCUGGAGAAAUUCAUCCAGCCCAACUUUCUGAAAUCCCAACCCUGCUCCGAUGUUUUCGAGGCUCGCUACUGCAUCAAAACCACUGGCAUCUACCAAAGUGAGGUCGGCACCCAGCGUUUCUGCUCGUCUCGUGACCUAGGCAAUUACUGUGAAUCCAUUCAUCAUGAAGGGGAUAACCGAGAAUACAGAUCUUGUGUCUAUACCUGUUCUACGGAUGCCUGCAACGCCGCUGUGUCUGUGGGCUUAUUUCCGCACCUGUUGCCAAAGCUCGCUAUCAUAAUUGGUACUGUCGGUGGCUUCAUCGCGAAGUUUCAAAUAUUUCAACUACUACAGAUGUAACUGCCUGUUGUUACUAAUUAUAAUAUCUGGUGUCUCCCUUUUUCCGCGAUUCCUGUUUCCGCGGUUGUCAAAAACGUUCCUGUUUCCAUGAAAUCAUCAGUCUUCAUUAACCCCCUUCCUAAAGGGGUUACAGAGUGGGGGCCCGAGGGGAGCUUGGUCUCGCCGGAAAGCAAAAAAAAAAUUUAGAUUUAAAAAAAAAUAAUUUUUAAAAGAAAUAAUUGAAAAAUAUUUACGACCUCAGAUCUUUGCAUGAAUACUGUAUUUAAGGGGGC